AUGGCUACAGAAUUAACUAUUGAACAAAAAGAAUCCAUUCUGUUAAAUUUUCUUCGUUCCGAACUUGGAAUGAAAGCAGAUACUAGUUAUCAUGCUCAAUCAGACACUGUUGAUGAUUGGUUAAAAGCUGUAGAGGGUAGAUAUGUCGAUUCGGAUCAAGUCAAAUUUAAAUUAUGUAAAAACUUCUUUUUAAAUCACAAGAAGAAGAAACAAAACAAAUUCUAUGGAGUUGCUUGUACUGAUACUCAAGUUGAAAUGAAUGCACUCUCUAAAAAUCUUGGAUUAGGAUCAGGAAAUUUGAGAUUUGCUGAUAGUGCAGAAUUAACUAAUUAUUUAGAUAUCUUACCUGGCAAUGUCACUCCACUCGCUUUCCAUUUAUUACAUCCAAAGGUUCAAGAAAAGAGGCCUGAUGUUCUUGUUUCAACUGAGGAAAAUCCAUCAAUUGUUUCCAAUAUGAAAACAUUGACCAUUAUUGUGGAUGCCAAAAUUUUGAGAAAGAGUAAGGAGUUCACAACUAUGCUCUUGUUCCAUCCUCUGCACAAUUGUGCAUCGACAUCAAUGUCACAAGAUGAAUUUAUCAAGUACAUGAAGGAAUGCUUAGGAGAGGAUGCUUGGAUGCAAGUUAUUGUAUAUGAUUUCGAAACAAAUGCAAAGCUUUCAGUAAAUGACGUAUAA